ACAAGGGUGCCAGACAAAGUAUGACAAGUCAAAUUGUGGAGAACAAAAAGUUAUUAGUUCUUUUAAUAGAUGGAUUUCGAUGGGAUUACUUUGAUAAACCUGGCUUACAAUUACCAGGAUUUUCUCGGCUGUUUGAACACGGAGUUAAGGCAGAUUACAUGAUUCCUGAUUUUCCAACUUUGUCAUUUCCUAAUUUUUAUUCUUUAAUGACAGGAUUACACGCCGAAGAUCAUGGGUUUGUUGGUAAUUGUAUGUACCAUGAGGAAAAGCAGAGCAGUUUUGAAUACAAGAUGGUAAAUUUAGAAUCAAACCAAUCCCACUGGUUUGAAGGUGCUGAACCUUUGUGGAUAUCUGCAGUUAAACAAGAAAAAAGAACAUACAUGUUUGAAUGGCCUGGGUGUCAUGUCCCUGUAUACAACAUGACAUCUACCUUUUGUGAUAAAAUGAAUGAAUGGCCGAUGGUUCCACAGACGUUCACAAAUUUAAAGAAAGCUGUAGACUUAUUAAAAACAGACAGGAUUGAUUUUGCCGGAGUAUAUUUGAAUGCUGUUGACAGAUGGGGACAUAGCUUUGGUCCAAAUUCUAAGGAAGUGUUUGACAUUGUGAAACAAACGGAUGAUGUUAUCAAAGAAAUGCUGCUAUUGCUUAAAACGAAUGACCUAGAAAAGAACACUAAUAUAGUUAUUUUUUCUGACCAUGGCAUGACAGAAAUUUCGGAAUCUCGAACUAUUGAUAUAUCAGAACAUAUUGGUAGUAUGGAUGUCAUAGCUGUUGAGGACAAAGGUGCGGUUUGUAGCAUAUGGCCAAGAGAAGGAAAACUGGAAAAGGUUUACACCGGUCUAACAAGCAUGGGGAAACAUCAUAUCAAAGUGUUUAAGAAAGAAUCUUUACCAGACCGAUGGCGCUACAGAAAUAAUAAACUGAUAGCACCAAUAAUGGUUGUGGCUGAUCUUGGAUGGUACAUUUUAACACCUGAUGGGUCCUCAAUUGACAAAUACAUGAAAGGGUCUGCAAAGGGGCAUCAUGGAUACGACAAUGCAGAGGAAGAUAUGCACGGAAUUUUUCUAGCGAUGGGUCCGGAUUUUAAGAAGAAUUACAAGACUGGACCUGUCCGGGCAGUUGAUAUUUAUCAAGUGAUGUGCAAAGCACUACAAAUACAACCUCUUCCACAUAAGGGUGACUGGUCAAGGGUUAAGGAUAUAUUCAAAUGAUCUUAUAUAAUUUGAAAACAAUUAUGAAGUUAUAAACUAAAUAGUUGGCAAUGCAUGUAUACUUUCUAUUUCAGAAACUGAAAUUUUGUACAUCUUAAAAUUGUAUUUUGUAAUUGAAAUUUAACAAAUACAUGUAUAUGAAUGCGAUAUUGUUACGGGUGAAUAUCAAGAACA